AUGCAACUUGGUGGACCCCAAGAAAACUUUGUUGCAGAGCUUUCUCUUCGGUCCUCAAUUGGAGUCGGAAUAAUGAACCAAAAUAAACAGAAGAGACAAACGAAGCUCACGCAAAGCCCUCAGGCUAUUAUGAUGCAUGGGGGUGGCAAGACAAAUGCGAUCGAGCCUCCCAUGCGUCGUAUGGUUGACAGGCUUCGAUUCAGUUUUCUGGAAAGCAAGGAGGGCAAAGGGUGGGGGACUGUGGAGAACAAAGGAAUUGGUGUCCAGUCAUCAUCAUCAUGGCGAGACACACGAUGGAUUCCGCCAUGUGUAAAUGACGAUGAUGAUCAUCGCGUCGGAACAGGCUCUUCAGCCCCUACCGGCAUGACGAUCACCAGAGCGCCACGCCCGGGCUGGCCCCCGGCCAUCCCUGAACAUCCCGGGCCUCUGAUAGGCCCGGGCCCGUCGACCCUGACGUCAGCCAUGGGUGGCCCGAGAACAUGCAAAUCUUGGACAACAUCGCCCCAGGAGAUCAGGAACCAGUCGGCCCUCACAGCAGGAUUCGAUGUUGGAGGACAUUUGGUGCGUCAUUCUUCAUCGACUAUGUAG